GCUGUCCCAAGUUGAGUCCUUAGAGGGAGGUACCACCUACUAGCGUGUCGAAACCCUCACCAACUGCUGCAUCUGUUUACCUGCUUAGUGUUUGAGGAUAGCUGCCAAAAUGUCCAGCAAAAGAGCCAAGGUGAAGACCAGCAAAAAACGUCCCCAGAGGGCCACGUCAAACGUGUUUGCCAUGUUUGACCAGUCACAGAUCCAGGAAUUCAAGGAGGCUUUUAAUAUGAUUGACCAAAAUCGGGAUGGCUUCAUAGAUAAGGAAGACUUGCACGACAUGCUUGCUUCAUUAGGUAAAAACCCCACAGACGAAUACCUGGAGGCCAUGAUGAACGAAGCUCCUGGUCCCAUUAACUUCACAAUGUUCCUCACCAUGUUUGGAGAAAAACUGAAUGGCACAGACCCUGAGGACGUCAUUAAGAACGCCUUUGCUUGCUUUGAUGAGGAUGGAACAGCUCUCCUUUCAGGUUUUAUACAGGAGGAGUACCUCAGGGAGCUCCUGACCACCAUGGGCGACAGAUUCACAGACGAAGAGGUGGACGAGCUCUUCAGAGAAGCCCCAAUUGACAAGAAAGGCAACUUCAAUUAUGUCGCCUUCACCCGCAUCCUUAAGCACGGUGCCAAGGACAAAGAUGAUUAGAACGGAAACAGUUUUACUAAAGGUUGUGCAGCUUACACUGUUUAUAAGAGUACACACCAUGUUUAUUUAUUUAGAGGACAUUUUACAUCCUGGCUUUAGAAUAAAGGCACACAACACUACAAGGCUGAUAGACCCAACUGAUGGACCCCUCAUAUAGUAUUACAUUAGUAUGUACACUUGUAUAUUUAUACUAUAUUUCUGUAAACUGUGGUGUACUUAAGGGCAAAAUGAAGAAGUUGGGGGGUUUGACAGCUGGAAAUAAACUAGAACGACUGUUUCUCACACUGGUAGUUCUUUAAAAUGUU